AUGGCCAAUGGCAGCACUACCCAUCUCUUCAAGCUUUUCCUUUUCCUUCUGAUUCUUCACUCUGCACUCGCUGAGGUUUUCUUCGAAGAGAGAUUUGAAGAUGGAUGGAAGAGCCGUUGGGUGUUAUCUGAUUGGAAAAGGAGUGAGGGAAAAGCAGGCACCUUCAAGCACACAGCAGGGAAAUGGCCUGGGGAUCCUGAUGACAAAGGUCUUCAGACAUAUAACGAUGCCAAGCAUUUUGCCAUAUCUGCAAAGAUACCCGAGUUUAACAACAAGGACAGAACCCUUGUGGUGCAGUAUUCCAUUAGGUUUGAGCAGGACAUUGAAUGUGGUGGCGGUUACAUCAAACUUCUUUCUGGUUAUGUCAAUCAGAAGAAGUUUGGUGGCGAUACCCCUUAUAGUCUGAUGUUUGGACCAGAUAUAUGUGGUACACAGACUAAGAAGCUCCAUCUUAUACUAUCAUACCAGGGGCAGAAUUACCCUAUUACAAAGGAACUGCAAUGUGAAACGGAUAAGUUGACUCAUUUCUAUACAUUUAUUCUAAGGCCUGAUGCCUCUUAUAGUAUUCUUGUUGAUAACCGGGAAAGAGAUUCUGGAAGUAUGUAUACGGAUUGGGACAUCCUUCCUCCAAGGAAAAUCAAGGAUGUUAAAGCAAAAAAGCCAGCAGACUGGGAUGACAGAGAGUACAUUGAAGAUCCUAAUGAUGUCAAACCAGAGGGAUAUGAUUCAAUUCCAGCUGAAAUUCCUGAUCCCAAAGCCAAGAAGCCUGCUGACUGGGAUGAUGAAGAUGAUGGACUAUGGAAGGCCUCAAAAGUUCCUAAUCCAGCAUACAAAGGACCAUGGAAACGCAAGAAAAUCAAGAAUCCCAACUACAAAGGAAAGUGGAAGAUUCCAUGGAUUGAUAACCCAGAAUUCGAGGAUGAUCCUGAUCUUUAUGUUCUAAAGCCAAUAAAGUAUGUGGGCAUUGAAGUGUGGCAGGUGAAGGCAGGUUCAGUUUACGACAACAUCUUAAUUUGUGAUGACCCACAGUAUGCAAAGCAAGCUGUGGAUGACUUCAUGGCUAAUAAUAGAGAGGCUGAGAAAGAAGCUUUUGAAGAAGCAGAAAAAGAAAGAAGGGCUCGGGAAGAAGAGGAGGCACGGAGAGCAAGAGAAGAGGGUGAAAAAAGGAGGAAGGAGAGGGAUCAGAAAUAUGGAAAUAGGAGGCGUCGAAGGCCGGAUCCCCACGAUGUGGCUGAUUACCAUGAUGAACUUUGA